UUCAAUCCUGAUAUCUAUGAGUUUAUUUAAAGUAAACAAAGACAAUCUUCCUUUAUUUAUCUCUGUUUAGUUCAUAGGACAUGGUGGACAAACACAUUUUAUCUCGAUAACUACAGUGUAUUUAAUAUACACACGUAGAAAUCAUCACGCAACAUAACAAAACAUGUCGUCUAAAUCUUAUCCUGGUCAUGUUGAUGAAGAAAACCCAGAACUAUUUGACAUUCGUGCGAUGCCAUCACAACCAACGGAGCUCAAAUUAGGUCAGCUUCCUGCAGAGACUAUAAAACGAUUCUUUGAAGACGGCUUUAUAAUUAUAAAAGACUUUUUUAAGCCAGAAGAAUUAAAUCCAGUUAGGGAUGCAAUAGAUGGGCUUGUUGAAGAUCUAGCACAAAAACUUUACAAAGCAGGCAAAAUAAAAGAAUUAUUCAGUGAAUAUGGAUUAUUUCAGCGUCUGAUAAAAAUAGACGAAGCUUUUCCUGGUGCAAACAUUAUACUUCACAAAACUGGCAAUCUUCCUCAGGCUUUUCGAGACUUAUGGUCCAAUGAACGCUUACUCAAUAUUAUAGAGCAGUUGAUUGGUCCAGAUAUUGCUGGUUCUCCGGUCUGGAACCUCAGGACAAAGACACCGAAGAAUGAAGCAACGCUAGUUCCUUGGCAUCAAGACAGUGCUUAUUUUGACAAUGAAUCGUACAAAGUGUUAAUACCUUCAGCUUGGAUACCUUUACUGGAUACUAAUGAAUUCAAUGGUGGCAUGGAGAUGGUUAAGAAGGCACAUGCUAAAGGAAAAGUAGGAACUCAUACGUGUUGCUAUGGAAACACGUGGUAUGUGAUGAUGGAGGAAGAAGAAAUGUCCAAGACACUUGAUGUUGAUAUAGAGAAAGAGUCACAGAAAUGCGAGGUACCUUAUGGUGGUUUGAUACUUUUUAACAAUAUGACUCCUCAUCGCAGUCUUCCAAAUGUAUCAAAAGAUAUAAGAUGGAGUUUGGAUUUACGUUGGCAGCGACCAGACGCACCUUUCGGGCUAUGGAAUUUGAAACCAGGGGUUGUUAUGAGAUCAUCAACUGAUCCGGAAUUGAAACCAGACUGGGACACGUUUUGUUCUAUAGAUAGAACAGCAGCACAAAAAGAGUCUAUAAAAGAUUUUGUAGAGGUUCCGGACGAUGAGUUUGAUACAACUAUUCAGGGGCCAUGGAUGAAGAAAUGGGAAAUAGUUCAUAUGAAUGCCCAUACUGAUAAACAUGAAGAAGUAGAGAGAACAAAGAGUUAACAAUACAAAUGUAUGCCCGUUACAAAAAACAAUUAUGACUUUUAUAAAGAUCAGAACUAUAUAACGCUUUACAAUGUGUAAAUUAAAAAAAAAUAAUCUUCGACUAACUUUGAAAAAUAAAGAAGAUGUGGGAUAUACAUCUGAGACAGAAGUACAAAAAGUAGAGGCAUUUUCAUUAAACACCAACUUGAUUGAUGCCAUUGUUGGUGACUGCUUCGUCUCCCAGGGUAUUAUUGUCUUAGUAGUACUGUUGAGUUGUCAUAAAAUAGCACUGUUGAGUUGUCAUAAAUAAAGGCAACAAUAGAAUACCGCUGUUCAAAACUAGAAAAUCUAUGG